AUGUUAUAAUACUGGCGAUCAGUUAACAAGAUCGUCAGGCCAAUAGUGAACAUAAUUUUUUUUUGUACCUCAAAACUAGAAUAUAAAUAACCAUGUUGAAAUUAUUGAGAUCAUCCACCGCUAUUGGACUCCGUCUGCAACAGCAAACAACCCAACAGCUAAAAUGCCGUAAUAUUGCCUGCCUAUCAGCUUUACCCGAUACCUAUCAGAUGUUGCAGAAGACGUGUCGGGACUUUGCCGAUGCCGAAUUGGUACCGAAUGCCGCAACAUUCGAUCGGGAGCGUCUAUAUCCAGAAGAACAGAUUAAGAAAAUGGGUGAAUUGGGUGUCAUGGCCGUUGCGGUGCCAGAGGAAUAUGGUGGUCCUGGUUUAGAUUAUUUGGCCUAUGCCAUUGCCAUGGAAGAAAUCUCAAGGGGAUCUGCAUCCGCGGGUGUUAUUAUGGGUGUAAAUAAUUUGUAUUUGGGCGCCGUUUUAAACUUUGGAACGGAGGAACAGAAAAAGAAAUACAUCCCGCCAUAUACAACGGGCGAACAGAUAGCUUGUUUCCAAUUAUCUGAACCUGGCAAUGGUUCCGAUGCUGGUGCCGCAUCCACAACGGCUGUUAAGAAGGGUGAUCAUUAUGUUUUGAACGGCACUAAAGCAUGGAUCACCAAUGCCUAUCAGGCCGGCAUUGCCGUUGUGUUUGCCUCUACCGAUAAGUCACUUAAAAAUAAGGGUAUUACAGCAUUUCUGGUACCCAUGGAUACGGAAGGUAUUUCCCGAGGCAAGAAAGAAGAUAAAAUGGGUAUGCGUGGCUCAUCGACGAGCCAGGUGAUCUUCGAGGAUGUGCUGGUGCCAAAGGAGAAUAUUUUGGGCGGUCUGGGUUCGGGCUUUAAAAUUGCCAUGAAAUCUUUGGAUGGCGGUCGUGUGGGAAUUGCUGGUCAGGGUUUGGGUAUUGCCCAAGCCUCGCUGGAAUUGGCCGUGGAUUAUUCACAAAAGAGAAUUGCCUUCGGUAAACCCAUAUCAAAGUUGCAGGCUAUACAACAAAAAAUUGCCGACAUGGCACUGAGAAUUGAAGCAUCACGUCUGCUGGCUUGGCGCGCCGCUUGGUUGAAAGACAAUGACAAACCCUAUACCAAAGAGGCUGCCAUGGCCAAACUAUCUGCUACCGAAGCGGCCACAUUUUGCAGUCAUCAAUGCAUUCAGGUUUUGGGUGGCAUGGGCUAUGUCAGCGAUAUGCCAGCUGAACGUUAUUAUCGUGAUGCUCGUGUUACGGAAAUCUAUGAGGGUACAUCGGAAAUUCAACGUUUGGUCAUUGCUGGACAGAUUUUGAAGGAAUAUGCAGCUUGAGAGGGGAUGUGUGUUAUUGGGAAUAAUUGGAGAUCUUUUUUUUUUGACUGAACCUGGAAUAUGUGCAUUUAAAUAUUUGUUUAUUUUUU